AUGGGUUCUGGAAAAUUGGAAUUGGGAAUUAUCUUUGUCAUUCACAAUGGCGUUGGGAUCCUAGGAAAUUCAUCCCUUCUUUGUCUUUACACUUUCUCUUUGCUCACUGAACACAAGUUGAGACCUACAGACUUGAUUCUCAACCAACUGGUCCUAGCCAACUCUGUGGUCCUUUUUUCUAAAGGGAUCCCUCAAACAAUGGUAGCUUUUGGAUCCCAAUAUUUCCUGAAUGACACUACCUGUAAACUUAUCUUUUGUUACAGAGUGAGCACUGGGGUUUCCUUCCGCACUCUCUGUCUCCUCAAUGGCUACUAAGUUAUUAAACUGAACCCUAGUAUUUGUAGGUGGGUGGAACUCAAGAUUAGAUCCCCAAAGUUCAUUGGCUUCUGCUGUUUCCUCUGCUGGAUACUACAUCUCUUGAUAAAUUCAUUUAUUCUUAUAAUAAUGAAUGGUCCAUCCAAUAACAAAAACCUUAGUGUGAGAAACAAUGGACAGUGUUCUUGGAAUGAGGAAUUGAGAUUUAAAAUAUUAAAUACAAUCACAUAUUUUUUCCUUGACUUUUUGAGUUUGGGCUUCAUGGUGUGGGCUAGCGGCUCUAUGAUCUUCAUCUUGUUCAGGCACAAGCAGCAAGUACAGCACAUUUACAACAGCCGCCUUGGCCCCAGAACAUCCCAUGAGGCCAGAGCCACACGCACCAUCUUGGUUCUAGUGAGCUUCUUUGAUACUUUUUAUGCAAUCAAUGUUAUUUUGGCGGUUUGGAUGAUUAUGGUUGCAAAUCCAGGCCAGUGGAAAGUGAACAGCACUGGGCUCCUCUCAUCCUGUUUUCCAGUACUCAGCCCCUUUGUACUCAUGGUCAAGGACACUCGAGUAUCUCGGUUCUGCUUUGUCUGUAGGGCAAAGACAAACUGUUGUCCCAAUCUGGUUUCAGUGCUAUGA